AUGGGGGGCGAGCCGACCCACGAACGCUGGCGUUACCUGCUCGGCGCUCGCGGCCUCCUGACCAUUGACCCGGCCAAUAUCGAAGCCGUGCUGUCGACGCGCUUUGAGGACUUUGGGCUCGGCCUGCGCGCGCCCACGUUCCACCCGCUGCUGGGCAGCGGCAUCUUUACGCAGGACGGGCUGGCGUGGAAGACAUCGCGAAAACUACUGCGUCCGCUGUUUUCGCAGUCUUUGCGCGAGCGCGAUCCCAACUUCAAGACAAUCCAGCGAUGCGUCGACAGCCUUGCGACGUCGAUCCGCCGGGCCGACUACCCCAGCGACGGCAAGGGCUUUGUGGACCUGCAGCCGCGCUUCUUCCGGCUGACCUUUGACACGACCCUGUUCCUCCUGUUUGGCGACACAACUGGCGGUGCCGACACGGACACGGACGCUGCCUGGAGUCGCGUCACGGGCCAGGCCGCCACCUUUGCCGAGGCCUUUACGACGGGCCAGGACUACCUGGCGCACCGUGGCCGACUCGGCGCCUUCUACUGGCUGCUCAACGCCAAGGGCUUCCGCCAAGCCUGUCGCGCCUGCCACCGCUUCAUCGACGAGGCCGUCGACCAUGCACUCACAACGAUGGGCGAGAAGCCGGCCGAGCGCGACAGCUACGUCCUCAUCGAGGCGCUCGCCCGCCAGACCCGGGACCGCCGUGUCUUGCGCGACCAGACACUCAACGUGCUCCUCGCCGGCCGCGAUACGACGGGCUGCUGCCUCACGUGGACGUUUCGCCUGCUGUCGCGCCACCAAGCCGUCCUUGACAAGCUGCGCGAGGAGAUUCGGUCCGUCUGCGGAAUUGGCGCAGACGAAGCACCGCCAACGCGAGCGCAGCUAAACCACAGCUUGCCCUACCUGAAACAGGUGGUCAAAGAAGUCCUUCGCCUGUACCCGUCGGUCCCCGUCAACUCCCGUGAGGCUGUUCGGGAUACGGUGCUGCCGGUCGGCGGCGGGCCCGACGGCAAGUCGCCCGUUCUCGUCCGCGCCGGCGAGGGUGUCGGCUAUUGUGUGUACGCGAUGCACCGCCGCAAGGAUAUUUACGGGCCCGACGCAGACAUAUUCCGGCCCGAGCGCUGGGACGAGGAACGACUGCAAAACAUUGGCUGGGCCUAUCUGCCCUUUAACGGCGGACCGCGCAUCUGCCUGGGUCAAGAAUUCGCCCUUGUCUUGGUGUAUUACACCGUCGUGCGCAUGAUCCAGCUGUUCCCGAAAAUGACAGCACCGGCCGGCGAGCCAGACGUGCCUGUUGGCGAAGAGCGGCAGUCCUUGACACUGGUUGUUUCACCCGCUGAUGGCUGCCAUGUGUCGAUGUACCCGAAAGAAGCGUGA